AUGUCAUUUGGGCUUAAAAACUCAGGGGCAACCUAUCAGAGGAUGAUGAAUAAAGUUCUUGAAGAUCAACUGGGCAAGAAUGUAGAAGUAUACAUUGACGAUAUGAUUGUAAAGUCGUUUGAUAUGACGAAUUAUGUCCAGAAUCUCGAGCAGACAUUUCGAAAACUCAGGAAGUACCGUAUCCGUCUAAACCCGGUAAAAUGUUCAUUUGGAGUCCCAGCUGGGAAGUUUUUGGGUUUCAUGCUAACCCAUAGAGGAAUUGAAGCUAAUCCUGACAAAUGCAAGGAAGUGCUUGAUAUGAAAGAAGCAAUAGAAGGCUGGAACCCGGAGUGCCAAGCCGCGUUCAACAAUGUCAAGAAAUGCUUAGCAACUCCACCAGUACUCUCAAAGCCAGAUCCAGGAGAUAUUCUAAUCUUGUAUCUCGCUGUGGGGGAGGAGACAACAAGUGCUGUCCUGAUCAAGGAAACUAAUGAAGGCCAAGAGCCAAUUUAUUUCGUCAGUAGAGCCUUACAAGGUGCAAAUGUCAGAUAUCAAAAGCUAGAAAAGGUGGCUUUUGCUUUGCUGAUUACGGCCAGAAGAUUAAGGCCAUAUUUUCAGGGGCAUCAAAUAAUAGUCAGGACUAAUCAGCCUAUAUGGCAGGUGUUUCAUAAGCCGGACCUGGUAGGAAGAAUGACUAACUGGGCAAUUGAGCUCAGUGAGUACGACAUAGCAUAUGAAAGUCGGAAGGCCAUCAAGUCACAAGCUCUGGCCGACUUCGUAAUGGAGCUAACACCGUUGAACCUGGAACAUGAAGAGUCUGGGGGUGCAUGGAAGGUCUACGUAGAUGGAUCCUCCAACAAUAAAGGAAGAGGAGCUGGGAUCAUACUAGAAAGCCUAGGAGGAGUAACAAUUGAACACUCCUUAAACUUGGGAUUCCCGACUUCGAAUAAUCAAGUUGAAUAUGAAGCUCUGAUAGCUGGUUUGAUGCAAGCUAAAGAACACGGAGCUAGAAAGGUACAAAUCUUCAGUGACUCACAAUUGGUGACUUCGCAGAUAGAAGGAAAGUAUCAGGCUAAAGGUCCUCUACUAAUAAAAUACUUGAACAAAGUUCAAGAAAUAAUGGCCGGUUUUGAUGAGGUGCAGGUUACUCACAUCCCUCGAUGGGAGAAUAGCCGAGCUGAUAUCUUGUCAAAAUUAGCAAGCACCAAGAAUCCGGGUAACCACGGAACUGUGGUACAACAAAGCAUGACAAUGCCGAGCUGCGUAAUGGUGAUAACCUCGGCAAAUGACUGGAGGAAACCCAUAGUGGAUUACUUGGAAAAAGGAAUAUUGCCAGAAGAUCGUCUGGAAUCCAGAAAGCUGGUCCGAGAUGCGACACAAUACAUAAUUGUGAAUGACCAGCUAUUUGGAAAGGGUUUGCACAUCCCUAUGCUUAAAUGUUUAAACUCGGAAGGAGCAGAAUAUGUCCUCGCCGAGAUACAUGAAGGAAUCAACGACCAUCACAUGAGCGGCAAAGCUCUGGCUAGAAAGGCCCUUCGAGCUGGGUAUUACUGGCCGACAAUGGAGGCAGACUCUAAAGAACACGUCAAGAAAUGUGACAGCUGCCAGAAACAUGCCAAAUUAAUCAUUUCACCACCUGAAGAGCUGAAAUGCAUCUUGGCUCCAUGGCCCUUCUUCAAAUGGGGAAUGAAUUUACUGGGACCCUUUAAAGCUGCUGACGGGAAACUUAAGUGGUUAAUUGUGGCUGUGGAUUACUUCACAAAAUGGAUAGAAGCAGAACCAGUCACCACAAUCACCUCGGCCAGAGUGCAAAGGUUCUUUGAACGGAACAUUGUUUCCAGAUUUGGAAUACCAGUCGAGGUGGUCACUGAUAAUGGAACACAGUUCGCUGAUAAAAGAUUCCGGCAGUUAAUGAAAGACCUACAAGUCACACAUCGCUUUGCAUCUGUGGAACACCCACAGUCGAAUGGGCAAGCCGAAACAGCCAACAAAGUGAUUGUGAACGGUCUCAAAAAACGAAUGUUUGAUGCUAAAGAAAGCUGGGUCCAACAGCUAUACUUUGUCCUAUGGGGUUACAGAACAAGUACCCAAACUGCAACGGGAGAAACCCUUUAUCGACUAAUGUAUGGAUGUGAAGCCAUGAUUCUGGUGGAAGUUGGAGAACCCUCUUGGAGAAGGAUGAAUAGUCUUGGACAAGGCGAGCAACAAAAACAGUAA